GCAAGUAAACAAAACAAACUCGUUGCUGGCAAUUCCCCGGCAAUUGCACCGCUGACCUCACCGCCCUGUCUUAUCGGGCCGAGAGUGUUGGGAGAGUUCCAGAAUCGAGAGCUUCGACCACAUAUAGAAUAUACGUGUAUGAUGAGCCGAUAUUAGACUGCACUCGUAUAAAUAGCUGACACUUGCCAUUGAAAUAGUCAAUGCGAAAUGGGCUCGAGCACUAGAACCUGGAUCCUACUGGGCCUGAUGGCCGGCGUCGCCACUCUGUCUGGGGCAGCAAACGUUGUCCAAUCGGGUGACCAAAGGAUUAUCCAAAACAAUGGCAACACCUUCCUGUCCAACGGAGCGGGUCAGAUCAUUCGCAGGCCCGAUGGCAAAACCGUCCUGAUCGGAUCCGAUGGUCGCAGCAUCAUCACUGACACCGAUGAGAGCAGCGAGGAGGAUAUCGCCAAUGAGCAUUAUUCCAACAACAACGUCAUCAUCAACGGACAGUCCGGCACCAGCAUUGUCCAGAGCAGUGGACACAACUAUAUCUACGGGGAUGGCAGCCAGGGCAGUUAUAUCACACAGAACGGACGUAGUAUCCGGAUCGUGGAUGGUGGCAUUGAACUGAAUGAAAAUGGACAGAUUUUCAACUUCAAGCCAAAGGGUCCGGGAGUAAAUACCAAGGAGACCGUGGAUAUCAAUGGCCAGCCGGCCCAGGUGGAGUACUCGAAUGGAGAUAUUGUCGUUGAGUUGGCAGAUCACACGGUUAUUGCCAAAAUUGGGGGACGCACCUUCAUGGGCGACCGCUAUUCGUUCGACAAUCGGGAGAAACUGGAGGUCGACGCCCAAAACAUGGCCGCUCGCAUCCAUGAGGAAGUGAAUGCCGAUAUAAAGAAGACCAUGGAGGACCUUCAUGCUUCCCUGCAGAACACCUUCGCUAAUAUACGCUUUUAAAAUCCAGUAAUUGUACAAUAGUCGCUCUCCAAUAAAGCGCAUUACAGCAUUUA